AUGGCCCUCCGAAGCGAUAGAGGCCUUGUCUUAGGACCAGAAGUGUGCCUCGACAUUGCCACCGCCCUCAUUGAUUCGGAUCCCAAAGCCAUAAGGUCUCUUCUAUGUCUCUCAAAGGAGUUCUACUCGCUCCUCACAGCGUACGAACGAUCGAUAUCCAGGUCUCUGCUGAAGAUCAACAAAGACAAAUUUGCCUAUGCGAAUUCUCAACAAGCCGAAAUACUGUCCUCGCGAACGCCACCGGGUAACGCUAUCGUUUCGGUACUCACAUUUCCCUGGGUUUUGGAAAUGAAAUCUCGAGUGAAGACCAUCGACUUUUUGGUAGGGCACGAAAUCACCGAAAUGUCGGAUUACAGGAAAAAUUGGCCAACCCUUGAUCUUCCCAACGCUGAUCUGGGGAAUUAUUUGACGAAGUUCAAGAAGUCAGCUUUGCUGCUUUUGUACAAGUUAGUGGAUUAUACGGCAGGACUGACCGAGAUAAAUGUUGUGAGAUCUCGGCAAGCUGAAUUUCUCGACGGUCUUUCCUCGAUCGAUCUGGCGAGUAUAGGCGUAUUGGUUGAGGUUAUCGGAGAAGGUUUUUUCACGAUGACCAAAGGUGACUUGCAUAGAUCUGGGCUUCUGAACAACAUUGUGAGGAUCCCCUGGACCUCAUUACCCAGACUGAUAGCAGUGACAGCUGACUCCUGCAGCCUACGCAACUUACAAGUGACCCUCGGCUAUUCACACCAACCUCCACUCAUGUCGAAGACCUACAUAAUGACCACUGGCUCCAGGAGUUCCAGGGAUGCUCCGCGACGCCCGGAUCUUUGGACCCGUUCGAUGCUACAGCAGGGUCUGGACAAUAUGAACGCAUUCGAGAUGGGCUAUACGAUGUCGUAUGCAAGUCUUCAAAGCGUGGUCUGGAGAAAAUUCUGUAAGAAGGCCAAUUGCACAUUGGAAGAUAGCUGGAGAACCGCCCAAGAAAUGGUUGAAACUCAGAUGGCGGAGUACAAGCAAACUUCAACCCCCAACUCCCCCCCCGGAGCAUCUGUAGCGAUAUCCGUAGUAGCGACAUGGACUGGGCUCGGAACUAAACAAACGUUGGUUGUUCGCAGACAACGUCCAGAGCCAGACCCAUCACCGAUUGGAGCCAUGUCUCUCGUGGGAUUAAAAAACCUCUUCUUCCGCCAAACCAUUACUGCAGUCCCAGUCCGCAACAAGACCAACUAUGGCACAGCUUCUAGCGAUGGAUCACAGCAACCGCUAUUGAGCCAGACAACGAGCGGUCCAUCCGAGGAGAACCUGCAACGGAGACUAUCCAGAGGUUCCGAUACCGAUGUCGAGUCGCAGCAGGAUGCAGACUCCAACAUUGAGAAGGCAAACUCGAGGCGUGGAUUCAGAAUCGACGCCAGAGUUAUCUCCGAUGCCACCAUUGGACUCUCGGAUGGCUUGACGGUUCCGUUCGCUCUCACGGCCGGCCUGUCUGCGCUUGGAAACACCAACGUAGUUAUCUAUGGAGGAUUCGCCGAGCUGAUCGCUGGAGCGAUUUCAAUGGGACUCGGAGGAUAUCUUGGAGCCAAGAGCGAAGCGGCCUCAUACCAUGCGCAAAGAGCAGAGACCGAGAUGCAGGUAGCAACCGACCCUCGAGCCGUAAUCCAAGGCAUCACGGAAGUCUUCGAGCCCUUCGAGCUGCCCAAGACAACGCUAGAGGAUCUGACACAGCAUCUCGGAGACUCUCCCCACCUGGUCGACUUUGUCAUGCAGUUCCAGCACUGCGAAUCGCCGCCAGCUUCGUCUCGCGCCUUUACAUCAGCCAUGACAAUUGCCCUUGCAUAUUUCCUUGGUGGUUUGCUUCCUCUUAUCCCCUAUUUCUUCGUCGCAAAGAACCAAGUGUACGAGGGUCUCUACAUAUCGAUCGGGGUCAUGGUCAUCGCGCUCUUUGCAUUCGGAUACGUGAAGACCUGUGUGGUGGUAGGAUGGGAUGGCGUGAGGAACAUCCGGAAAGGAUGCUGGGGCGGCGUGCAAAUGGUGGUCGUCGGUAGUGUGGCUGCUGGUUCAGCCAUGGGGCUUGUGCAUCUCUUCAGCCAUGACGAAGCAAGUGCUGCUCGUAUAUGA